AUGUGGUGGGAUGACGACACCAUCGAGCGGACUGUGACGAAGGAAUUUGUCUGCAGCCGACUCGUCCCUGAAGAGAUCGGGCGUCUUGACCAGCCUCUCGAAUUCGGCGGCAGCUUGACCGAUUGCACUUACUGGGAGUGGAUUGACGAGAAGGCGAAAAGGCUUUUCCUUAUCGUUGCCGACUUGGGCCUACCUGACCAGAUCUUUGGACUCAUCGACGACUCGUUGGACGAUGACGAUCUCCCCAUCGCCCUCGACCAAGUCGAGCGUUUGGAGUUGACAUCUUCCAAGGAUGAGAAGACCGAGAAAAAGUUCUAUCACCGCCAGUUUCACUACCUCUUGCGGCCCCUGCAGAAAGGCGGCCAUACUGACUACGACGACGACGAGGUGGUUCCGCUGGAUGCGGUCGACAAGAAGCAUGCUUUGGGCCAGCACCUCGACAAGGUCAUGGUCCCUAACGAACCUGGAACCGUAUUGUGUCGCUGCCGGAUUCCGCUUGGUCCGGGCCGUCUCAGCUGGGGAGAGUUCAUCUCAGAGGUCGACAGCAUCAAGGACGUGCAGAAUCAGCAUCUUCUGUCAUACUCGACAUCCUACACACAUCAAGGGUACGGCUACAUCCUGUUCACACCGGCUCCUGAGUACACUCUCAAAUCGCUCCUGGCCACCACGCCUAGCUGUUUGAAGAAUGUGGACAAGAAGGCACGUCCGCACCUCGUCAUGAACUGGAUUUACUGCCUGGUUGACACGGUUUGCUUUCUCCACAACCGGGGCCUCUCGCAUGGGAACAUCAGGCCGUCGACUGUGAUGUUCUCCUGCGAUAACCUCGUCUUCUUCUCCAGCUUCACUCGGUUCCACACCAGUAUUCUAGGCGGCGCGACAGAUUACACCUCGUUUGACAAAGAGGCAUACGAUCACGCGGCCCCGGAGAAGUUGUUCAAACCGGCCUCUACGUCUCCCACAUCGAACCAGAGGUCAGCAGAGGUCAGCAACAGCCCAACAGACAAGCACGCGUUGACACCCAGUCCGCAAGCCGCCGACAUUUUCUCCUUGGGCUGCGUCAUCCUCGAGCUCCUAAGCUUUCUCUUCAAGAAGCAUGGGAAACCAUUCGCCGCGCAUCGGGCAGCGAAACACAAGUCUGCCGGCCGUGGCGGCGCGGUUCCAGACUCGUCUUUCCACAAGAACCUGGGACAGGUCGAAAGCUGGAUGACGCAGCUUACCAAAGAUGCGACCAAGAGGAAGGACGAGCCGGUGCUCAGGGGCGUUGCCCCGAUGCUCGCUGUCGUCGAGCACAUGCUGGCCUUCUAUCCCUCGGAGCGUCCGAGUGCGAACGAGGUGCGGGCAAGGAUAUAUCAGAUCCUUGCCGAGUCGUGUAGCAUUGCGGAGCCUCAUUGCCCACCCUUGGACAGUGGGCUGGACUUUACAAUUGGAAGCCUCACCCUGAGCUCGUCUGCACUUGCGAGCGGCGGAAGCACUGACAGCAUCUCGGGCCCAAUGAAGCCGAAGGAUGGAUCGGGCCGUUGCGAGGCUUAAGAAUGGCUCCCAUGAUAGCCAAACGACUGCACAGCAGUUUUUCGCGGAGAACAGGGCGAAUAAAUGGCAGACGUCGCUAUAUCAGAGUCAAUACGGCUCUGCGCUUCGUGCGCUUUGACAGAUGGCCGGCGGCAUCUUGAGAGGGCCCGGUAGGGCAUUGGGUGAGCAUUUGAUGGGCGAUAAAUGAUGGGUAGCUUUCCGAGGGCUAGUAACCAUUCAACCCCUCUCUAGCCAUGUCCAGUACGCGAUCGUGUGUUCUGAUGCCGGCGAUCGUGCCGAGACAUUGAUGUUGAGCUUGUCGUUAUCCUUGGGUUAGGGUUGACCAGAUCCCGUCCUGAAACGAACAGCAGCUUGCAGGCAACGUCAGCAUGGUCUGGAUUUCGAUUCGGGCCGGUGGGCAAUCGCGAACGCCGUUCCAAAUGAACCUUCCAUCUUAGCUGGUCGCUUUGUGUUCGUAUGAUACUUUUGCAUAG